AUGAAGGCUUUGGUAUCAAACCGCAGCACUCCCGCGCGAAUUUUCAAUCUCACCUCAGGAAAGUCCGUUUUCAAGGGGGCCCAUGUGAUCGACUUACCCAAACCGGUGAUCACCGGCCAGGAGAUUCUGGUCAAGGUGCACUCUGUGGCUCUAAACCCGAGCGACUACAAGCACAUUGACGUCAUCUCACCAAAGAACUGCAUUGUGGGCUGCGACUACGCAGGAGAGGUGAUUGAAGUUGGCAAUUCCGUGGUAGAGUCAUGGAAGGUGGGAGAUCGUGUAGCGGGUGUUGUCCACGGCGGCCUGCACCACGACAGAGGUGCUUUCGCAGAAUACCUCAAGGCUGAGGCAGACCUGGCGUGGAAGGUUCCUCCCGGUAUUUCAGAUGAGGCUACAGCAACCUACGGUGUCUCGGCCGUCACCGCCAUACUGGCCAUGAAUGUCCACCUUGGGCUUCCGUGGCCCGAUGAGCCUAAGCAAAAUCCCGAAGCAUCAACACGGCGACGAACCGUCUUCAUCUACGCAGGCUCCACUAGCGUCGGUCUCUUUGCCAUCCAGCUCGCCAAGUUAGCUGGUUGCACCGUGGUCACAACAGCGUCUCCACACUCUAAUGAUCUUGUCAAGAGCUAUGGGGCCGACCACGUCUUUGACUACAGAUCGGAGAAUUGGGUACAGGAUGUUACAACAGCCUUUCCAGACAUUAGUCUGGCCCUGGAAUGUAUCUCAGAAAAGGGCACUGGUGCUCUAACAGCUAAAGUACUUCAAGCCAAGGGUGGCAAGGUCGUCACGCUGCUUGAUCAAGGAGAGUCAAAGGUUUAG